AUGUCGCUGAAAUCUGUAUUUCGGAAGAAAAAUAGGAACUACGAUUCGGAUUCCACCGGUUACUGGUCCUCAUCCGAUGUUUCUAGUCCAUUAAGUGGAUCACAGUUUAUUUUAAGACCAGCUACUGUACAAAGUACAUUUAAUACAAAACAAUCCUUCUAUCAUACGCUGGAAGAUGAACAUUAUCCGAUGUCUAGUCGUUACGCUUCUCCGUCUUCUUCAUCGUUGUCCACAUCGGAACAUGAUUGUGUUGAAGAAGAUGAUGAAAGUACUCUAAGACCUCAAUCUGUAUCAACGAUAAGAUCACUGAAAACAACAACCACUUUAAAAAUUACCGCCUGUAAAACUGCAUUUUCCUCGUUAGCCAUUCGUACACGAAAACCUCGACCAUCCCUAAUCGACCUCAGCCGCUCAGAAGCGCCACAAAAUACUGAAGAUUUUCUGAAUUUCGAUGAAGGUAGUUCUAUGAAGGACCAAAACGAUGUCAGCAUAGAUGAUCUCUUCAACGCUAUAAAACUGCAGGAGGAUCAUAUCUCAACGGAAGAGAGCAUUUCCGCCGCUAUUGCGACAAUGCCACGGAAACAGAUCGUCAUCAAGGAACCUGACGAUUCCAGCAAAAUUUACUUCGAUUAUCGAUCGAAGAAACGAUUACCUCUUCCGUUUAGAACUUGUAAUUCCACACCACCACGACCGAUACUGAAAAAAGAACCAUCACUGUCUUUUAUACAUCUUUACGAGGAGAUUGACGGUGAUCAUCUCUCGCCAUUACCUGAUGACGUUCGACCAAAGAUCCCCAAUCGACCACUUGUUCAACCAAUGCGACUUUUCCCACCGUGUAACGAGUUUCAACCACGCAAAAUAAACAGAUGCAGGACUAAUUCAAUAAGAAAACGUCAGAAAAUGCCGAGCUUUCAUCACAAGGAACCGGAGCCAGUCACGUCGUCAUGGUCAUGUCGCCUACGGAAGAAAUUGUUCAGUAAAAUUUCAUCGGAUGUAUUACGCAUUUAA